CGAACUGACCACAAGUUCCCCUCCUGAUUUCACCCGGCUACAUUGCAGAUAUCCCCGAUGCCCCGCACUUAUGGCAAGAAGAAACAGACGCGACUCUCCUUCGCCCCAAUAGGCUCCUCCCCGGCCAAGAAUGAGUCGACAUCGGACGGAGAGAGGGAUCGCCGAGCUACGCUGCGUUAUUCGCAUCCGUCCAGGCCCGACAUCCUUACGAGUCGACCAAGGACGGACACCGCUUCACCUACGCCGUUUGUCAACUCUAGAAGAUCGCAUCGAGGUGGGAAGCCCGGGCCUGGGCAAGUGGAAGGAUCGAGGGCCGUCCGGAAAUCCUCGCGGACGAAGCGCAAAGAUCGCGCGAAGUCGCCGCCACCCGUCGUGAAGAUUGAGACAUCACCUGAGGAUGAGGAGGAGUCGGAUUUGGCAGAGGAGAGAAAGAAGCGCGAUUCUGGAUCUGUCCGUAUAAAGAAGCAUAAUCGCGCGACGUCGCCGGCUCCGGUUGUGACGGUUGAGACAUCGUCUGAAGAGGGGGAAGAGGAAUCAGAGGAGGAGCAGAAACUCACUCGGAAGUCAACGCGCAAUAAAGGUUCAGAUCGCGCGAAAUCCGCCGCAGUCAAAGCGGAGGAGCCAUCCGAAGAUGAAGCCAACGAUUCGGAGACAUUGAAGGUGAAGCAGCGCCCACGCAAGCGUUCUCCUGGCAAAGACAAAGCCAAGUCAACCCGGAAGUCCAGGCCGAAACGCGCAGCUACCCCCGAGCAGGAUAGUGAGAGUGAUAUCGACUUGACUCGCAGCGCGCGCAAACGAGCCGCCCCAAUGUCGCCCAUGUCGCUCAAGAGAAAGAGAGAAGAACCAUCCGACAGUGAGGCGUCUUUACAAAUCAUAUCAGAGGAGAGUGAGGGCGAUAUCAUCAGCAGACCCCGCCGGAAGCUGAGGCGGGGCACGGUUGCUCAGCCUGUUGAGGAAAAUGACGAUGAGGAUGAUGAUGAUGUGCCCCGGACCCCGCACCGCCGUGCUAGGGACCAAGAUGAUCUGGAUAUCGAGGAAGACCUACAAGCCUUAGAAGACUCAGUGGUAAAGAAGACCAGGACUAGAGGGCGUCUCGCGAAUUCAGCCAGAGCCCAAAGACAGCAACACUUGGAAGCCCUUCGUCGCCGGAGAGCAGGUGAGCCCGAAUCCGACGAGGAAGAAUCUCAGGCCGAACCAGAAGAAAUCGAAGGCGAGGGCGAAAGCGCGGACGAGAACGAAAGCGAAGCGGAAAGUGAAAUUGCCGCUGCCAUCAAGCAUCGAUCCCUCAAUACAAAUGACGACAGCGAUGUCGAAUCGUCCAUUGCGGGUAACGACGACCUGGAUCGAUACGAAGACGACUUCGUACUGCAAGACGAAGACGACCUACUCGGGGCACCUUCGGGCCUUGAGGACAUCCCAUUCGAGUUCACCCGCCACGCUUACAAGCAACUCAAGGAUUACUUCCAGGAUGCAGUUGAAUGGAUGGUGCACAACCAACUGAAUCCGGCAUUCCCUCGAUCCAAUCCAAUCUACGAAUUGGCCUUCAGCAAGCUGGAAGACGAAGUCAGGGGCCGUACGGGGUCCCAGCUGGUCUCGUCUGUAUGGAAUACAGGCUUUUGCCGGGCGCUUCUUGCUCGGCCACAAAUCGAAGUGACAUCCUAUCCGACCAUCGAGAACCACCCGUGCGACGCCUGCAAGAGGUCGGGCCACCCGGCAUCAUUUGACAUCAAGCUCUACGGCAAAGCGUACACUUUGGACACACUUGAGCCUCUUGAGGACGAGAACAGCGAUGAUGAUGAUGACGUCGACGAUAAGCAGUCCGACAACGAAGCAAAGGACGGCCGGGAAAGAGACCGUGACGGGCAUGUUCUACCGGAUGAGAACACUCGCUUCUAUCUUGGACGACACUGCAAGGCCAAAGCGACUCUGGCACAUACCUUGACGCAUUGGCGCUUCCAUCUCAACGAGUGGGUGGCCGACCAUCUCCGCCGCAUGGGCUACCUCUCCGACGAGCGGAUCCUCGAACGCAGCCACUGGAGCCAGAGGAAGCAGACCAAGUAUGCCAUCAAAGCGGUCGAGACCAUGGUCCGGGACGGCGAGGUCAAGAAACUGUGGCGGGAUUUCCAUCUCAACUUGAGAGCUGCCCGAGAAUCCAGUUCUCUCGGGUAGUGAAGCAUGGCCGGCGCGCGCAUCGUUUCUUAUGGUGCCAUUUUAACGCUUUGAACGACCCCUUUAGUGCAGGCCAAUGGUACACACCUGGGCAUUCUGCUAGGACUUUCUUUUCCGUCUAUGUUUGCCGAUUGCAUUUGCCUAUCACUGGCUUUCUUUAUUCAUUUCAUGAUACCCACCCCAGCUGUUAUCUUUUCUUUCG